CCGACCCUUGAGCCAUUUACUGUUGAGCCAUUUUACUGCUACAUCCAGGCUAUAUAAAUGACCUCUCUUCCAUCCCCCAACUCAACUACCUUUCUCCCCCUUCACCGAAUAUUCCAUUCAACAUGAUAUACAGACUCUCCGCCCUCGCCCUCGCCUCACUUCCCCUCACUGUCCUUGCGGCUAAUAUCCCGGUUACUGUUGGUAGUGAUAACAAGCUGGCAUUCUCUCCAGAAUUCGUCACUGCAAACCAGGGAGAUACCGUUACCUUCACUUUCGUUUCGAAAAAUCACACAGCGACACAAUCCACAUUUGACAACCCCUGUCUGCGCGCAGAGAAUGGCUUUGACAGUGGCUUCCGACCCGUUUCCCCCAACACGACGGCGGAACCCUUCGUCGUUACCGUCGGCGAUACUAAACCAACAUGGUUCUACUGUAAGCAAAAAAACCCAUCACCUCAUUGUAGUCAAGGAAUGGUGUUUGCGAUCAACCCUCCACCUGAGGGAGACCCCCAUUCGUUUUCUGCAUUCAAAGCCUUAGCCAUGAGCAACGCAACGGGACCAAGCUCUGCAAGUUCUGCCACCGCGACGUUUACUACUCCUCCCCCUCAGACGUGGGCGACCGCCACCGCAACAGUUACCAAUGGCACAUCCGUUUGGACCUCUACCUACACCAGUUACGAAGGAUCUCCGCAACCCACAUUCGCUCCUCAGCCGGUCAUUCACAAGAUCGCAGUUGGUGCAAAUGGAAAACUCGGUUUUGAACCUUCAAACAUCAGUGCUAGUCUGGGUGAUACCGUAGUCUUCGAGUUUCACCCCAAGGCCCACGGUGUUACUCAGUCGUCCUUCUCAAAACCCUGUGAACCGUUGUCAAACGGGUUUGCUUCAGGAUUCAAGCCCGUAACUAGUGAAGACGCCGACAAGCCCAUUUUUACGAUCGCAGUUAACGAUACCGCUCCCAUAUGGGCUUAUUGCCCUCAAACCAACCCGAAAUCUCACUGUGGUGAAGGAAUGGUGUUCUCGGUCAAUGCGGUUGAAAGCGGUCAAAACAACUUUGAGAACUUCCAGAAACUCGCUAAACUCACUGCUACUACCAACAACACCAACACCACGCAGGGUGGCGGCUCUGGUGGCUCUGGUGGCUCCAACUCGGCCGUUUCGAGUGUUCAGAUUGGAUUUUCGAUGACUUUGGUCGCGAUGACCGUCGGAUUUGUACUAUUUAUGUGAAGUUGAGGCUGAGUCUAGAUUGUGUUUUCCUAAUUUAUUUUUAUAUCUCAUCUUUUUACCGACGGAUUCGGUGGGUGUUGUUUAUUGUUAUUAUUACGGACUUGUUGUGGGUAUCGUUAAUUUUGAUGUCAUCCAGACUGAUAGUAACCCCUUCACUUACAAUCCAUUCAUUAUGAUGCAACC